UGUCCCCAGAAAGAAAAUGUAGUUUAAACUAAAAUUCAAGUUAGUCAUGUUGUCGCAGCUGUCAAAGUAUGUAAAAGCACGAUCCAUACUUCAGCUGAAAAUUGAGAGGUUUACAUGUUUUUCUAUUGAAUCUACGAAAAAAUACAGCAAAUUGCGACGUCGGACGGAAGAAGAUGUUAUUGUUGGAAUCAGCAAAUCCCUUGCCGAGUAUAAAGACAUUCAGUUUGAACCUUUUCGCAUAAAAGCCUUUACGUUAGGUUCCAGCGUUACGAAUGCUAAUGUCAAAAUUGAGCAAAUCAUUACAGAUAUAAAUGUUGAAACGAUAGAACCGGACACUGUUGAUGACAGCACUGAGGCUUUCUCUAAAAUUAUUAAUUUGAAUUCGAUCUACAGAAAUGGGUUUAAUGCUCUUGAACAGCAUGUAACGGAUGGGAAAAUGACAGACAAUGUUGAUGUAAAUUUUGUAAUACAAGCCAUGAAAGCUGGAUUUCUACAAGAUCUAGAUUUUCAUGAAAGAUGCUUACAAAAGAUCUUUGUAAAUGAGGACGAUGAAGAUGAUGAUGUUAAUGAAGAAUUAUAUGAAAUAGUUAUUAUGGCAAAUCACCUUUUUUCAAGACUGACAAUGCCAAGGAUAUCAAACAGUGCCAGAUUUGGGUCACAUUUCUCGGUUUUAAAUGAUGACAGAUCAAGAAAUAUACACAGGAUGUGUCCAUGUGAUAUGUGUAAAGAAAAAAUACCUUACCACAAUUCUGGAAUUGGAAGUGAAAUGUUGUUUUAUGGAUAUCCUGAUAUUAUAGUUUAUUCCCUUGGUGGAAAAUGUAAUAUAAUUCAACCGCAACAAGAGGACAGAAAUUACUGGCUGACAAGAGAUGACCAUGCCUUUGAAGCAGAAUUUGAUGAAAAGCAAUUAAUCGAAUUAAAAAAACAGAAGGAACUAUUGAGGUCUUCUCAAAACAUUUCACAGUUUGUAGCUCAGUGUAUUACAUUUUCAUUUUAUCAAAAACAUUAUCAGUUGAAACACAGGAAGGACAGUUUGCCAGUGUCACUCAUUCCAACCAUUGCUUUGAGUGGAAUGCAUUUUGACAUUUAUAUGUAUGACAUUGACAAUGAUAUACUUUUAAGAAAUAAAGGCGAUCCUAUUCCACUGUGGAGAAGGUAUAGAUAUCCAGAGGCUAAAUUAGAUAUGUCUGCUAUCAUACAGAUUUGGAUGGUACUUAAUCACAUAACAUUAAACCCAUCACUGCCUCAGGAGGACAUACAGUCAUUAAAAGGGUCAUGUGACUUUCUUCAUCAAUUACAGCAUGAACGUAUAGACCUUAUCGAAAAAACAGUAACAAUGAAAAAAACAUUUACGCCAUGGCAAUAUGAGGAAAUAAACACUAUUCCUUUUCCUGAAGAAAAAUGUAUUUCCAUAUAAAUUAUGAGAAAAUUACUUGAUGAUGAUAUUAAUAUAAAUUAGUAGAUAAGUUAAGGGCAGACAGAGACCCUGAGAACCUACCAGUAUAUGGGACAUGGGUAAGAUUUUUAAGCCCUAUUGUUCCAAAUUGCCAAAAGGAGUUUUGGACUAUUGUUAGCAUUAUGUUUUCAAAAAUCUUAAGUGAAACCACAUUGGCAAUUUAAACUACCCGUUGCUACAGUCAUUCUAAGCUAGGAUGUCUAAUUUCAACAGUAUUACACCCCCUUACUAAACCAGAGGUAAACAGUAAUGAAUGGAGUCUGUCCUUUGGUCUGUUGCACUUCCUAUUUCAUUUCUUUAUCUGAAUUAUUUUUUUGGGUCUACCUAAGCAAAUCAUGCAUGACUUUGCAAGAGGUGAAAAAAAGAGGGGGGAGGGGCAGUCUUGGGGGGGGGGGGGGGGUAUUAUUUUGUAGUACCACUGUUUUUAUAUUAAAAAGUUGGUGCUGCAAUGAGUAGAAUACACAUACAUGUAAAAAGUAAUUUUACAAAAACUCUUUCCAUUUACAAAAUUUAUCAUUCCCUUUUUUUUGGCUAGCUAAGUUAUAUAUUUUAAUCUUAUUACAUCCCUUCAAGACCAGAUUUUUAACUACAGUUUUUUAACCUGCAGUAUUUUCUAUAUGCACUAUUUUUUCAUUUACAUUAAAUUGAAAUUGAAAUUAUAAUUUGGUCUUAAAUUUUUACUGAAAUUUAUACUUGUUAGUAUUUCAUUUUAUUUCUUUAUUUAUACUAAAUAUUUAAGGCAUUACAAUGUUAAAAA